AUGCCUUUGUUCAAGGGGAAGAUGCGCGAGGAGGAGGACUCCGACUCAGACGAGUCCUUCCACUGUUGCGGCAGGCCGGAGGACCUGCUUGAAGACUUCCGAUGCUCGAUGGAAAUCCCCAAGCCAGACGGGAACGAAGUACGCGUGCCUGACGAUCAAGAGUACUACCUCUAUUCGGCAGGCCUUGAACGCCUGAAUUCCCCCGCCCAUCGACCCAAGCGCGGCUCCUGCUCCUCCCUCCACGCCAUCCCGCGCUGCUCGACGGUCUAUUCCUCUGAUUCCGACCGCACUCGGGUCGCGAGCCCUCUGCUCAUCAUCAAGACUGACGAUGCAGUCUCCCCACCCGCUUCACCCGAGACGAGGACGGGCCGAUCCCAGCCAGACACGCCCAGCCAGCCUUCCAGGCCCAAGAAGUCGACAUGGAAGAUCCAAAUCGCCCGCCCCCAGAGCUUUCUCCGCGUGGCGCUCAGUCCCGCCGACGAUCGCCCUCCGAGUCCCGAGCCUUCGUCCGCCCAAGUCUCGGCCCUCGACGGCCCACCAUCUUCGACAUCGGCUCUUCGGCGACGGGGAAUGGUGUUCGCCCCAAGCGGCCUUCCUGAGCAGUUGAAGGAGUUGGCCGAGACUGAAGAUGUAGACGGAAGUGGUACUUGA